AUGGCCGGGCCGCUAGCGGAAGCGAAGAAACUCGUGGGCCAGCUCAAGGCCUCGGAGGCGCUGGCGCCCGCGCAGGAGGCCCUCGACGCCUUCCGCGCCGCCGCCGAUCAGGUUGGCGUGGCUGAGGCACUACGGCCGCUGCUCUUGGCACAGAUCGAGCGGGGGGAUGUGAAGCCGGAGGAAGCCCUCAAGAAGGUCAAGGAGGAGGCCGCCAGCUUGAAGCGAUCCGCGCGGGAUGGCCGAAGAGCUGAGGCCAUGCUGCAGUUUACGCAGGCGGCAAUGCAUCUCGCCAAGGCGGAGCCCAUCAAGGCGGCGCAGAUGGCCCAGGAGGCGGAGAUCUACUUCCAGCGGGAGCAGGACUGGCCGGCACUGGCGGAUGUCUUGCUGGAGGUGGUUGCUCCUGCUCACUUGCAGCGCGGUGACGGGAAGAAGGCGCUGGAGGCCGCCAACCUGGUGCUGGACGUGGCGCAGAAGGUCAACGACCCCGAGGUGCAGGCCCGCGCCUGGGCGGUGGUGGCGGCCGGCCGCUUCGCCUCCGGCGCCGAGGACGCCGCCGAGGCCGCGCGCAAGGCCCUGGACCUCUUCCGGUCCUGCGGGAGUCGGGUGGGCGAGGCCCAGACGCUCGUGGAGUUGGCCCGGGGUCAGCUCACGCUGCAGGCUCCAAUCCCCACUGUGUCUCUCCGGCGAAGUUUCCGGGCCUUCAGGGAGCAUGGCCAGACUUAG